CCCUGGCUCGGAACCGCGGUAGCGCCGGCGCCGAGCCCUGAGCUCGGCCAUGCAGGCGGCUCAGCCCCCGCCGUCCGGCGGUUCAUCCUCCGCCGCCUCCUCCGACACCGCCGCCGCCACAGCCGAUUCCUCCGGGGCGUCAGGCGGCGCCGAGCCCGAGUGGGGACCGCCGCUGCCGCCGCCUCCGCUGGGCCGCCGCCACAGCAAGCGCUUCACUGGCCUCAAGCUCUUCGGGCGCAGACUCCACCUGCCCCACAAAGGUGUCUUCCCUUGUCUCCAGGGCAGCCAGCCCGGCCGAUGGGGAUCCAGGAGGAUAAAGCACUGGCCAGCGGUGUAUAACCACCAGCCAGAUGCAAUGGAAACCUUUUUUAGGCGGCACUUUGGGCGGAAAGGGCUGCGGCGCACCAGCGUGGUGGCUGUGCCCACGGGCAAGGCCAGGCGUCGCUCCCAGGUGGGGCUGCCCUCCACCUCGCUAGCCCAGUGCCGCCGUGGCUCAGGCGUCCCGGCAGCAUCCCUCUCCUGCCUGGGCUUGGUCCGGCGUCCCGGCACUCGUCGCCGCUCCAGCACCACGCCGCCCUGCCUCAGCCCCAGGUUUGCAGUGCAGAAGAAGCGCGGGGGCCAGGCACAAGCCAUUGAUACCCAGCUGCUGGGUCCCACUGUCCUCCUGGCCAGCCUCAUUCCCACGGGACAGGAGGGGGACAGGGCUCACUGCACCGACAGCUCCAGAUCUGAGUCUCCAGAAGACGGUGGUGCAGCAUCUGAGCAGGGCCAGCACGAGCCUUGUGCUGAGGAGACGUGGCUGGCCAUGCUGCCCCAGCUGCGGCCGCUGCAGGCAGGGCUGCUGUCGCGGGGCCCCCGCUGCCUGCGGCGCGCUUCCUCCCACCGCCUGCCCACCGAGGUCAUGUACGGCCGGGCUGCCUACGGCCUGCCAGGCCGCUACCGCCGCCUUAGCCAGCGCCGGCGCUCCAGCGACGCCCCUCAGCCUGGGCUGCUCCCCUCUGGCCGCCCACGGCUGCUGGCCCAGCGCUGUGCCCGAGUGGCUGGAACCGGGUGCCCCUCUGCCACCCUCGUCGAGGGUUUGGGACCGGAGCCCACGUGCCACACCACCCCGGACGGCUGGAGCCCCCGGCUGCUGAAAGCUAUUGCCAAAUCCAGUCUCCAGCACAUGGUAGCCCAGCCAAACCCGGCACUAGCCAUGAGGAACGACUCGGAGAGGCAGAUACGCAGCACUGUGGAUUGGAGCGAGGCUGCAGUCUAUGGGGAGCACAUCUGGUUUGAGACCAAUGUCUCUGGGGACUUCUGCUACGUUGGGGAACAAAACUGUAUGGCAAAGCUUCUGCAAAAACCUCUCUCCAGGCGUAAAUGUGCAGCCUGCAAGAUCGUAGUGCAUACACCCUGCAUUGAACAGCUGGAGAAAAUAAAUUUCCGCUGCAAACCUUCCUUCAGGGAGUCAGGAUCCCGGAACAUACGGGAGCCCAUUGUUGUCCGACAUCACUGGGUGCACCGGAGGCGGCAGGAAGGGAAAUGCCGGCAGUGUGGCAAGGGUUUUCAGCAGAAGUUUGCCUUCCACAGCAAAGAGAUUGUAGCCAUCAGCUGUUCCUGGUGCAAACAAGCGUAUCACAGCAAAGUAUCAUGUUUCAUGCUGCAACACAUUGAAGAGCCCUGCUCACUGGGGGCUCAUGCUGCUGUCGUUGUUCCUCCUACCUGGAUUUUGCGGGUCCGACGGCCCCAGAAUCCAAUGAAAUCCAGUAAGAAGAAGAAGAGGACAUCAUUCAAACGGAAAUCCAGCAAAAAGGGGGCCGAGGAAGGGAGGUGGAAGCCCUUUGUCAUCAAGCCCAUGCCAGCUCCUCUCAUGAAGCCCUUGCUGGUGUUUGUGAAUCCCAAGAGUGGUGGGAAUCAGGGAUCCAAGAUCAUCCAAUCCUUCAUGUGGUAUCUCAACCCACGGCAAGUUUUUGACCUCAGCCAGGGUGGACCCAAGGAGGCGCUGGAGCUGUACCGAAAAGUCCACAACCUGCGGAUCCUGGCAUGCGGGGGAGACGGCACAGUGGGCUGGAUACUCUCAAUUCUGGACCAGUUACGCAUCAACCCACCUCCUCCUGUGGCCAUCCUACCUUUGGGGACAGGGAACGACUUGGCCAGAACACUGAACUGGGGUGGGGGUUACACAGAUGAGCCUCUGUCCAAGAUCCUAUCACAUGUGGAAGAUGGGAACAUAGUGCAGCUUGAUCGCUGGAAUCUCCAUGUGGAGCCAAACCCUGACGCAAACCCUGAGGAAAAGGAUGAGGCAGCUGCUGACAAGCUCCCUUUGGAUGUCUUUAAUAACUACUUCAGCCUUGGCUUUGAUGCACGGGUGACACUGGAGUUCCACGAAUCCCGAGAGGCCAACCCAGAGAAGUUCAACAGCCGGUUUCGGAAUAAAAUGUUCUAUGCUGGGACAGCCUUCUCCGACUUCCUCACCGGGAGCUCCAAAGACUUGGCGAAGCACGUCAGGCUGGUUUGUGAUGGGACAGACCUGACCCCCAAGAUUCAGGACCUGAAGCCCCAGUGUCUGGUCUUCCUUAACAUCCCAAGGUACUGUGCAGGCACCAUGCCCUGGGGCAACCCUGGGGAGCACCAUGACUUCGAGCCCCAGCGCCACGAUGAUGGCUGCAUUGAAGUUAUCUGCUUCACCAUGACGUCGCUGGCUGCCUUGCAAGUUGGUGGCCAUGGGGAGCGGCUCUGUCAGUGCCGGCAAGUGGUUCUCACCACAUCCAAGGCCAUCCCCAUGCAGGUAGAUGGAGAGCCCUGCAAGCUGGCAGCUUCCUGCAUCCACAUCUCUCUGCGCAACCAAGCCAACAUGCUGCAGAAGACCAAGCGGCGCAACUCCAUGCCUCUGCUCAAUGACCAGCAGCCAGUGCCCGAGCGGCUGCGGAUCCGGGUGAGCCGAAUCAGCAUGCGUGACUAUGAGGCACUGAACUAUGACAAGGAAAAGCUCAAGGAAGCCUCUGUGCCACUAGGGAUCAUCGUGGUUCCAGGAGACAGUGACCUGGAGUUGUGCCGGACCCAAAUUGAGAAGCUGCAGGAGGAGGGAGAUGGAGCCAAGCCAAAGACACUGUCAUUCCAGAAACUGUCACCUAAGUGGUGCUUCCUAGACUCAACCACGGCCGAUCGUUUUUACAGGAUAGACCGUGCACAGGAACACCUCAACUAUGUGACAGAGAUCUCUCAGGACGAGCUCUAUGUGCUGGAUCCAGAGCUAGUGGUCACUCAGACUGUGAGCACUUCUCCUGCCAUGCCUGACCUCGUGGACUCAUCUGCCACACCUCCUGGGCACCAUUUUGCAUUUCCCUCCUCUUCCUCCUCUCCUCCCUCCUCUCCUGCCCCCAGUGCUGAGCCUGAACGUUGCCUCCCACAUAAAGAUGACCUGCUGAUAGAAGCUGCCAAGAGCGGCAACUUCAGCAAGUUUCAAGAGCUGCACCGAGCUGGAAGAGACCUGAUGGUGCGAGACUCCUCAGGCCAGACUGUCCUCCACCAUGCUGUCAAAUCGGGAAGCAAGGACAUCGUCAAAUACAUCAUAGAGAAUGCUCCUUCAGAAAUCCUUGAUGCCACAGAGGAGGAGAAUGGUGAAACCAGCUUGCACCAGGCUGCAGCCUUACGCCAGCGCACUAUCUGCCACUACAUCGUGGAGGCCGGGGCCUCGCUCAUGAAGACAGACUUGCAGGGAGACACCCCGAAGCACCGUGCUGAGAAAGCCAAUGACCCUGACUUAGCUGCCUACCUCGAGAACCGACAGCACUACCAGAUGAUCCAGCGGGAGGACCAGGAGACAGCUGUGUAGUGCUUGGCGUGCCUUAGCCCAAGCCAGCUCAUGCAGGAUGAGAAGAGGACAAUGCCAACUGGCAGAGCUGUAUCUGGCCCAACCCUACCCAGAUGCCAACCUGGUUCCUGGAGAUGGAUUCGGAAGUGCUCUGCCCCAGGCUGGGCUGGGACUCUGUUUAUGAGGACAAUGGAUAUUUCAGACUUGAAGCCUGAUUCUCUGUGUGUCCACCCCUUCACCUCUCAUUCACCACAUUCCCUGCCCUAGGUGGGCUUUAUCCCCCAGCCAUGUUGAAGCCCCCAGUCACCCUUGUUCGUGGGAGUAAUGCCAAUGCCCCCUCCACAGGCUCCUACCUAUGAUCCUUGUGGGAUAUCAUUGCUUAGCCCCUCUCAUUCUGCUGGCAGUGCCCCUCUUUUAGGUGCUUGGCUAGAUUUGUGUCCUGUUCCUCCUCUCCUGUCUGGCACAGCUGUGGGAGCUGCAUGGACAGACUGCAGAGGCUGUGAGCCGCAGACCUUGCCCCAAAGGAAGCGCCACAACUUACUGGCCCUACCUUCUCCUCCCUUCUGGGGCUGCACCCCAUCUGUGUGUUGCCCUACCCAGAGCCUUCUGCAGCAGGAGGGAAGUCACUUGUGCAGCCAGUCUUUCCUCAGAGCAUAUGGGCCUGGUGCAGCUGGAAGUAGGGCAAGAGGUGCCCUCCUGAUGGGCCUUUAGUGUUCAGCCAGCAGUCUAACUCAGGGCUGGGAUGGCAUGGAGGAAGGCUACCAAUCCCUCCCACCACACUUCUCUCCACGGGGUUGGGUAGAACAGUUUGCACACCUGCUCUGCUGAGCAUCUCUUUGUGAGCCCACUGCAGGAUGGUGGAGAGCUGCACUCAACUGGGGCAGUGGCAGCAGUGAUGCCCAUUAUAUUUCCCAAAUACUGACUUGGAUUCAGCUGCCCUCCCUGCUUCAGUUUCCCCCUUAAUUCUAGACUUUGCACGGGGCUGGUCAGGCAGUGCUGGGGUCAGUGCUGCUCUCAGGGAUCCCCUCCUGCCCCCCAACCUGGCAACAUGCAUCCUUUUAGUCUGACUCCUGCUAUUCCCCGAACUGGGCACAGGGCUUUGCAGAGAAAACUUGAGAGCUCACCCAGCUGAGUUAAAACUCACCUGGGUUGACCAUGAGCUCAUUCUUUCCAGUUUUAGCAGAAAGAGGAAUUUGGAUUCAUAGGAACCACCAGUGCUCCUCACCCUGAGUUAUGCCUGCAAUGGAAUAGAAUUUUACCAACCGCCUGCCAUGGGGCAUGAGGCACCACAAUCCAUCUCCCCUGUUGAUCUGUGAGUGCUCGAUGCUGAGACAUCAAGCCAGGCCUUCAGCAAGGCUUUUGCAGAUCUGAGUCCCUGAGACCAGGAGGUGCCCACAGAGAAGGAAAACUGAUGGCUCUGAGGCUAGCAGACCUGCUUGGCACUUUUGGAUGGGCAGUGGUCGUGAAGGGGGUUGCUGUUUGCAGCUUGGCUCCAGGAGAGGAUACUGCUGCUGUCGUGUGUGGUCUGUGGAGUCCCUCUGUGCUCACACGCAGCUGUGCCCACUGGGUAGUGCUGGGAGGCACUGUUUGAAUCCCUCCUAGUACCAAGAAAAGGGUAUGAGGAUACUGUAGGGGACCAGAAUACCCUUCAGACUUUCUUCCCAGGGGCAUCCUUGAAGGAUGGGGGAUUCUGUACUUGGGAACAGAGGUGCAGGGCAGUGCAGGGUGCCAGGGGUCAGUGGCAGUACUGGCAGCUAAUAAUGAUAGCAUACUAAUGCAUCGACAGCUGGGGCACUCCAGGAGUUCCUGGAGUUCUCAUCAGCACUGCUGGCAGGCCACUGACAAGGCACUGUCAUCUGAGGUCCACACCACUGCUGCCCCAGACAGGAUGCCCAACUUGGCCCAGAGGCAUUUAGAGCCUCAGCUUUCCCCUUCCUCCCUUAUAGUUUUUGUACAGGUAGUUGAGAGACACACUGUCCCUUUCCCUGCCUGGCCCCUCCAUGCACCUGUGAGCAGAGUUGCUGUGCAAUUCCAAGCCUGCUUAUAUUUUGGUGAAGAAGGAGGGGGUGUUGAUCGCCAUGCCCCCUGAGGGCAGGGGUUCUGUGCAAUACCUGGGUCUGUGUUUCUUAGACGCUGUUGUAGGACUGUAUUUUUGUAGCUAUGUGAGGGUGUUGGCUACAGCCGGCCCAGGGCCUGGCAUGAGCCUGUGUUCCCAUUGCUUUUGAACUUUGACUGUUUGGAUGUUGUUGUUUCUUGCCAUUGAAAUAAAGAGAUUGAUGUUUUA